AUGGAUACUGUUACUGUGGAAUCCUCCAACAAUGUAGCAUUAAAUUCCAGUACCCCACCUCUUCUAACGACGAAGAAAGCAGAAGAAAUCACCGUACGCAUGAUCGACAACAACAACAACCAGAGCAAUCACCAACUGGCGACGAUCCACGACAAAAUCCUCAUUCUCAAGGUCCCUGCUGGUCCAGAGGAA